AACCUAUGUGGCAACGAGCUUUGUUUUUGAUACAUGUUUGACACCUACAAAUUUCAUUUAUAAACAAUUUGUGCGAAAACAUAGUUACUUUAUUUUCAUGUAUAAUUUAUUGCUAAAUAAAAAUGAGUUCCCCAACUAGCAAAAGUACAAACGAUGUAAGUGCUGCAAAACAACGAAAAUCAACUAAAACGAAUUCAAAUACCAAGUCUACGAGCUUGGAUACACGCGCAGAAUUAGCCGAUCUUAUCAAGAAAAAAGCAGAGACAUCGGAGCAACUAGCAAAUUUAGAACGACAAAUUUAUGCAUUCGAAGGUUCAUAUCUGGAAGAUACACAACUUUGUGGUAAUAUAAUUCGUGGUUGGGAACGGUAUCUCACCUCAAACAAAGCUACAAAUUCCAAAGCUGACAAACGCAAUAGAAAAUUCAAGGAAGCGGAACGUCUUUUUUCCAAAUCAAGCAUUACAUCUAUGGCAAUAUGUAACCCUGAACGUGCCAGUGAAUCAGAUUCCAUAACUAAUGAAGAUUCCAGUGAUAAUCAAAUAACUAUGAACCAAAAUACAACAACCGCACAUGAUGGCUCUUCAUCAAUAAAAAUCGCUGGUAAGGAGGAUAAACCUGUGGAUCGGGCAGGAACACCUACUCCACAGCGUGAUGUUUUAAAAGAUCCUAAUACUCCCAGUUCUAACACUAGUUCCAAGAAUAAACUAUCCAACAAUUCUACCAUAUCCGCUAAAAAAAGUGGUCAUAUUAAUAAAAAAAUUAGGCACCGAUGAUUCAGGGUAAAACCUCGAUUUUUUCGAAACACUUAGAAGUAAAAAAUUAUAAUCCACAAUUUUAUUCAGCUACCAUAAUACAAACUCAACUUUAGAGACGUGAGACGGUAUUCAUCCA